AUGGCGGACCGCUAUUCGUUCUCUCUCACCACCUUCUCCCCAAGUGGAAAGCUGGUCCAAAUUGAAUAUGCCCUGAACGCUGUCAACCAGGGCGUAACUGCGCUCGGAAUUAAAGCAACAAAUGGAAUCGUCCUUGCUACUGAAAAGAAAUCAUCUUCACCGCUCAUCGACCCCCCCUCUCUUUCCAAAGUCUCCUUAAUCACCCCCGACAUUGGCAUGGUGUACGCGGGAAUGGGUCCAGACUACCGUGUACUGGUCGACAAGGCACGCAAAGUCUCCCAUACUGGCUACAAGCGUAUCUAUAACGAAUACCCCCCUACCCGUAUAUUAGUGCAAGAUGUUGCGCGUGUCGUACAAGAAGCCACCCAGUCCGGUGGUGUUCGACCGUACGGUGUCAGUUUGUUGAUUGCUGGUUGGGAUGAGGGUGUCGAACCUGAGUCAGAGGAAGCGCAGAAGGGCGACAAUGAAGACGAGCCUAAAAAGGCAACCGGCAAGACGGGCGGUAUCUUGAAGGGUGGCCCGAGCUUGUAUCAGGUCGACCCAAGUGGCAGUUAUUACCCAUGGAAGGCUACGGCUAUUGGCAAGCAUGCUACAAGUGCGAAGACAUUCCUCGAGAAGCGUUACACUGAAGGUCUUGAACUCGAAGAUGCUAUCCACAUUGCCCUUUUGACGUUGAAAGAGACCAUUGAGGGUGAGAUGAAUGGUGACACAAUAGAGAUUGGUAUCGUUGGCCCUCCCGCCGACCACCUACUGGGUUUUGAGGGCGUCGAAGGUGCCCAGGGGCCCAGAUUCAGGAAAUUGACGAAAGAGGAAAUUGAGGACUAUCUUACCAAUCUAUGA